GUUUUUGACUUUGACACUUCUAAAAUAACCUAAAAAUCAAGAACACAAAUAUUGUAGUAAAUACUGAAAAUCUAUUUCAAAAUGUCCAAAUACUCUAGUUUAAUUAACUUUGUAUCAAAAAGAAGCAUAUCGCUGACUGCACCAUGUGAAAGCAAACGGAAUUUCAGGAAGUUUAUGCUUAUUAACAAGAGGGGAAGCCGUCUUCAUAAACAACAGCAAGCGAACAAUCCCAAUCCUCAGUUGGAAAUAGAUCACCGAGGGGUCCGCCCUACGGGAUACUAUUUAAAUGGGCGAUUUAUAAAAGUUCCUGAAAUGGUGCCUGAAAUCAUUGUACCAGACCUUAAAGAUUGUGAAUUUAAACCAUAUGUUUCUUACAAAGUUACCGAUGUGGUACAGAGUGAGUUCACCUCUGAGCAACUGUUUAAUGCUAUUUAUAGUAAGAAGAUAAUAUCUGACUUUAAAGAGGGCAAGUUGGACGAAAAUGGCAGUCCUCUAGAGCCUUCCGAAGAUGAGAAAUUAAAUUCAGAGGAAGCCAUUGCCAGAGCUAAACGAACAGGAUCAGACAUCUUCUAAUACUGUUUCUAAUAUAAUAUAGUUAUUGUGUUAGAAGUCUUAAUUUUAUAGCUUUAUUAGUUUGUAAUGUAAUAUAAAAAUGCCAUUUAA